UUACUUGCAGAGCAGGUGGUAUAAUAAUGUCAACGCACAAACUCCCGCUGUAAAACUCCAAAAAUUACUUAUACAUAACACAACUUACUGGAUUCUCGUCAUUAUAGCUAUGGAGACUGAAAAUAUAAGUACUUCACACGUACGGCAGAAGCUUUCGCCAAGGAAGCGAAAGUCCAAGGUAAAUUUAGCAAAACUGAAGUCGCGUUCAACCUCAUUUCUCGCGGGAAAACCUAGGAUGAAUCGCAGAGCGUUAUCGGAAACUAAUCUUUUUCUAUCAAGCAAAAGAUACUCCUCCGCUACUCAACUAAGUAUGCUAAGCUCCAGCAAAUCGUUGGAGCGCUUAGAUACGCCACAAAUAAGUGAGGAAGAGGCGUUUUCAAUUGAAUUACAGCGAUUCUAUGAGCGCAAAGUCAGAACCGGAAGAGAAAAAGCAUUAGAAAACAAACUGUUGGCUUUCACAGCGGCGAUGAAGGUACUAAUUAACGCUCAGCUCGUAAACGAAAGAUUCACAAUCACGGAAUUGGUGCAACGAAACCCUCGGUACUGCGAAAUUAGGGAACUUGAAGCGAACUGUUUUGAGUUUGAAAUUCCAGUGUAUUUGGAUGGAAAUUAUGAGUUGCUUGUACAUUACGCGGAAGAGGGUGGCUUUGUUCGGCUUCAAAUUGAGGACUGUUCUAAUUGGGAUGAUUGCGUUACCGAGGAAGGCUACCUAUCAGCAAGUCUGGUGCGGUCUAAAUUACAGCUAACUUUACAGAAAACACUCAUAAACAUGAGCAAAAAUAUCGAAAACGAGGAAGAUAACCUUCCAGAUGGCGUGGAAAGCAUAUCUGUGUUUUGCGAUGGAAGUACUAUCGUCCUAGAUAUCAACCACGGUGGAAUUCUAGUAGACUUAGUCCCCUCCAUCCGUUUGACCAAGUACCACAUCGGCUGGUGCAAAAAGUUCACCAGACACAUUGUUCCCACGCAUGUUCUUGCUAAAGCCUGUGAGCGGCCUAUGAGUGACCCAGAGUCCCUAUGGCUUCUCUCCUUCGUGGAGGCCGAAAAGAAGAUGUUACGCCAAUUAAAAGACAACCAACAAAGGUUACUAGACAUUUUGGUUGAGUUACGCGAGAUGGAUGAAUUACUAGGGGAGAUAUCGUUCGCACAAAUGCAGACGGUGUUAUUUCACCUCGUGAGUAAGAUUGAAGACGAAUUUGAUUGGAGGGAUGAGGAGUUGGGUGAGAGAUUCCUGGACGCAUUGUGCAUUUUGGAGGAGUUCUUGGAAAAAAAGUACUGCGAGCAUUUUUAUAUCAGCGAAGCCAAUCUUUUCGUUGCUAUGGGGACGGUUACCAUGUCUCAACUUAAGGACAAAAUUAGGCGAAUCACCAAGCCCUCGUGUGUCGCAUGUGGCCUCGCCUCCAUAUUUGGCGCGACGUCUGUCGUCAAGUGCGGUUUUAAAGGCGCAUGCGCAUAAUGGGGUAAGAGAAUCGUCUUCACGAGCUUACGGGAUACCUUUGAGAGAGCUUUGCGGGCGCGAUGGUGACUUGAGUUUCUAGGUUUGCUUGUAUAAUGUAAACUAAAUAUCUAUGCUUUCAUAAUUCAUUUUGACCAUGA